UCAAACGGCCGCCUCCGUCCCCGUCCCCGUCCCGUUCCCGUUCCGAUCCGACGGCGGCGCGGCGGAACCCUAGGCCCCCGGCGGAGCCCCGAUGUGCGGCUGCGCGGAGGCGCUCGUGAGGGCGGUGGUCGCCUUCUUCGACGCCGUCCUCGUCGACUGCUUCCUCUCCUGGUUCCGCCGCCGCCGCCCCGGCCCCGACAGCCCCGCCUCCGCCCACCGGGAUCCGCUCGUGCCCAAGGGCCGGGGAGGGGAGGCGCUCCCGGCCUCGGACGAGGAGAAAGGUUUUGCAGAGAGCACAGGGUCGAAUGAGCAGUUGGCAGGUGGCGAUGACACCGAUGAGGAGCUUAGGAGAGAGGCAGUUCACCUCCAGUUGUACGGCACAAUAUCGCAAACCCCGGCUGAACUUCGGAAUGUGUCAUAUGAAAGUAAUUCUGAAUCCGCUAAUGAGUCUGAUGACAUGUCCAUCAAUGCACUGGCAAUGGGAGGAACUGGAUUUAAUUCAUCUGGAUGCUUCAAAUGCGAGGAGGAUUUGAUGAGUGAACUUGAAGUUUCACGAGAUAAAUCACUUGAUUCUGUUCCUCGAUCAGUUCUCCGCAAUAAGUCCCCAUUCUGGAGCAUGCAGAAUAGGUUCUCUGACUGCAAUGGUUCACCCUUCCCGACACCUUUGGUUCUCAGAGAUGAUAUGCAGACCCCUGGAACAAUGUAUGCUUCACACACAGGGUCUACUAUGUCUAGGAAGCGUGUGCGCACCCGCAAACAAUUUGUCUAUCCUGUCUUGAGACCCAUUGAGAACAAGCUUCAGCAAGUGGAACCGUCAGAAGAUUCUUCACCAAUGCUGCCCUCCAGUUCUCCAAAACGUACAAAUUUGGGAGCUGAUCAUAUCAAGAAACUGCAGCAGACCUCUUCGAAUUCAGUCACUAAGGUGGGAUUCUCAAAAUCUCUGCCAUUCAGUUUUCCCAGUGAGAAUGCUUCAUACCAAGAAAAAGGAUCACCCCCUUCGGAGGAGUCGAAGUGCCAAACCAGAAGCCCAAAUCUGUUGGAUGGUGGAGCUCUAUCAAAAUCAAAUUCAGGUGAAAAGCGUGCUGCAAUGAGUCUGACCCACUGGCUGAAACCUUCAUCCACAGACAAUGAGAAUCAAGGCGUUGUCACUUCAUCUGCUUCCGACCAACUGCAUGAUGAGAUCGCGCUUUUCACGGAGAGCCCCGUCUUCUUCACGGCAGCUUCUGGGAUGGACGCAGAUGUCGAGAACCCUACUCCAAGGUUUCCCAAGGCAUGGGACGGCAACGGCAUUCCAAACACAACCACCAAGUACAAGGAGGAUCAAAAGGUCAGCUGGCAUGCGACACCGUUCGAGGAGAGGCUGCUGAGGGUUCUGUCGGAUGAGCAGCCUAGCGCUCCGAGGAAGCUUAUCAGAGGAGACUUGUUCCUUGUAGAGGAGGAGACUUGAUGGUGGAGGGAAUGUUGAUAUAUGUCAGUCCUCAACCUUUGAAGCUCCUGAAUGCCAUAUCUUUUUUUGUCACUCCACCAUAUACCUUUGAACCUGCCACCAAACUUUCGCCGCCUUCACCGUGAUGCAAUGUUACAUACAAACGGUAGAGGUGUUAUACUGCUGCUAUGAACAUCAUCAACCUCUGGUAGAGGCUUAUAAGAUGUAAGAAAUGUUACUUAGCUGUCCUGUCUCUCUGUAACACCCUUUCUGCUGCAUACACAAUACUGUUGUAGCUUGUGACUGCUGACACUGAGCAGUGAGUGAGCUGACGUUGCACCUUACAGCAAGCACACUGAGAUGUCUCAUUGUCCCUUUUUGCCUUGUCCUGAACAGUUGUUAUUACCAAUUUCAGUUUCGGAA